AUGUACGCGAUUCCCAUACCUGCGAUGCUGCUCAUCCCCAAGGCCGACCGCAAGAAGAUCCACGAGUACAUCUUCCGUGAGGGUGUUCUCGUCGCCAAGAAGGACUUCAACCUUCCCAAGCACCAGGACAUUGACACCAAGAACCUCUAUGUCAUCAAGGCUUGCCAGUCCCUCACCUCGCGCGGCUACCUGAAGACCCAGUUCUCGUGGCAGUACUACUACUACACCCUCACCCCCGAGGGUCUUGACUACCUCCGCGAGUGGCUCCACCUCCCGGCCGAGAUCGUUCCCCAGACCCACAUCAAGCAGCAGCGCUCGCACGCUCCCCCGCGCGGCAUGCUCGACGGCGAGCGCCGUGGUGGUGGCCGCGGUGCCCCCCGUGGCGACCGUGACACCUACCGCCGCCGUGACGCCGGCGAGAAGGAGGGCGGUGCCCCCGGCGAGUUCCAGCCCCAGUUCCGUGGUGGUUUCGGCCGUGGCCGUGCCCCCGCCGCUGGCAACGCUCCCCAGUAA